CAUACAGCGCCAUUUUAAUCAAGAAGGUUGCAAUUUCACGUGGGCCUGAUUUUAGACGGUUAGAUAAACUGGAACGCUUACAAAGAUAGAAAGAUGGCUGCCAAAACUAAAGUCCUCUUUGUGAGAAACUUGAAUUAUGACACAACAAAAGACUCUGUGAAGGACAAGUUCGUAGACUGCGUAGAUGUGAGGAUACUGACAUUCUCAGACACUGGUCGUUCAAAGGGGUUGGGGUUCAUAGAGUUUGACUCUGUGGAGGAUGCUGAGAGAGCCUAUGAUGAAAUGCAAGGCUGUACCAUUGAUGAUCGCCAGAUUACACUGGACUAUGCAGAAGAAAGAAAUCCUGGUGGACCUGGCAAAUCAAAAGUGCUAUUUGUCAGAAACCUGAACUACGAUACAACUACAGACACCAUUAAAGACAAAUUUCCUGACGCAUCUGACGUCAGAAUUUUGACCUAUCCUGAUGGCCGAUCUAAAGGAACUGGUUUCAUAGAGUUCACCAAUCCAGAAGAUGCUCAAAAGGCUCUUGAAGAUUAUCAAGGAGAAAUAAUAGAUGACCGGGUGAUAUCUUUGGACUAUGCUCAAGAACGACGAUCAGGUGGACGUGGUCCUGGGAUGAGGCGAGGUGGCCGUGGUGGAUACUAUGGCGGAGGUAGCGGCGGUGGUGGGCGGGACUAUGGUGACCGCAGGGAUUAUGGUGGCAGGCGUGAUUAUGGCGGUGGCCGAGACUACAGGAGUGGUGGGGGCGGCAGCGGAGGUGGCCGCAGUGGGGGAUAUGGUGGUUACAGCAGCUAUAGCCGCGGUGGAGGUGGACGACGUAGUGAGAGUGGAAACUGGCGAGAUGAAGGCAGCCGUUCUGGAGGAGGCUGGUCAGAUUAUGACUAUGGUAAUUGAAAUACAAGACAGCAAGAAACGUUUCCAGGAUUGGGAUUGACCGUUAUAAGAGGUGAGGUUUUGGGGACUUGCAUUUAGCAAUUCUGGAACAGUUCGCCCACUGGGAAGAAAACAGAGUGCGCUGGUCAUCAUUCAUUUCAUCAUUGGUUUCCAUAUUUUUGUUACGCCAAACAUCUUCAAAAUCAUCUAAUAAGAUGAUUUAACCUAGUUCUGUUACCCACCUGUAUAUAUUGUUCAUGCGAACUAACCAUGUUAAAGUAGAGUUGACCCUCCCUGUCUGGGAUUUUAAGUUAACACAACUGUGGAAGACAAAUUUUAUCCUAUAGUUCUUAAUGCAUUAGUUCUUAAAUAUAUCUUAAGAGAUCAAACUCGUCAUUAACAUGUUGAAAUUGGCGCAAAGUAUGUAACUGUUAUGUGGUAAUAUGCUGUAUUUCUUGAUGCAGUUAAAUUAAAAAGCCAUUUAUUUUGCGUUUUCAAAUAACUUCAAUUGUUGAAAUUUAUAUUUUGUAAUGAGCAGUUGUAAAACUAAUAAAUAAAACUUAAAAGCUGCCUCUGUGCAAGUCAUUGUAGGUUCUGUCUGCUUUUCAGGGGAGGUUUAAAUGAUCUGUUACAGAUGAACUGCUUCAGUUUUUAAAAGUUUUUUUCUGUUGAAAGUAAAAAAAUUUUUUUUUUUUUUUAAAAAGGUUGGUUACGCUGGGUACAGUAAAUUGCCUAAUGCAUUGUAUUGUGCCGAGUCAAAGAUGUGGCAAAAAACAGUUUGUAAGUUCGUACAUGAAAUGUUGUCUAUUCAUUUUAGCAUGUGCCAUUGUUGUGAUUGAUUUGUCCUUCAGCAUCCUUGAAUGAUGUACAUUUCCUGCCAGGAAUGUAUUGUAAACCAAUAAAGCAGCUGAUU